AAAACCCAAAAGGGAAAAAAAGAACAACUUUCAUCAACACAUACAACAGUCAAAAGGACAUGGAUGAUGCUGAGAAAACUGAUCUAGAUCGCAUUUUCAAGCGCUUCGAUACCAAUGAGGAUAGCAAGAUCUCGUCAGCGGAGCUGGGAGAAGCAUUGAAGCAACUCGGUUCGGUCACACCGGAUGAAGUUACGAGGAUGAUGAACGAGAUCGAUACAGACGGUGAUGGCUACAUUUCCUAUGAGGAGUACCUUGCUUUCGCAAAUGCCAACCGUGGCCUAAUGAAAGAUGUUGCCAAAAUAUUUUAA